CUUAAAAUAGUGUUACUCCGCCUGUAACCCUAAAACAUAACCGUCGUUUUUGCGAAAACCCAACAUCCUUAACCUCAACAUCGAUUUGAUUUUUUCUCACUCUCUUUCUGGAUUCUUCGCUGCCGAACUGAGGAUUUUUAAGGGAAGGGACAGAAAGAAGAUAUGACAAUCAAUGAGAGUAUUGAAUCAAUGGCAUUGAACACAGGAAUGGACCGGUAGGACAAUAGUAGUUAAACACCAUUGAAAGUAUAGAUACCACUGAGUGUUUCCUUGAGUGAUCUUCAAUUAUUACAUCUGUAGGAGGUGCAUAGCCAUCUAAAGAUUCUUGAUUGAUGGAUGUGGUAAAUGAUUUGCGUAUGGAGCCUCCUGCUAUAACCAGUUUGGGAUGUUCUUUAACAAGUGCAGAGGAAGUAAAUUCAUCGCAGAAGCAGAAAAGGGCUAGAAAGGAGAAGAGACAAGGUAAAGCUGUUGAGCAUAACAAUAAAGGUUCUGAUUUUUCACUGAAUAAUUCUUUACAGAAGACUGAUGAUACUAUAAAGGAUCCAUUGCAUGAGUCAAGUUCUCAGAGAAUUGUAGAAUUUAAUUCGGAAAAGAAAUAUAAAAGAAGGAAAAGGAAAAAGACAGAACAUAAUGCUACGGAAAGCAAUGCUAACUGUUGUGAUGCUCCAGAGGAUACUUUUUCAUCAAAAACUUCUACACCUGCUUUGGAUAUGCUUUCGGAACAUCCAAUUGAAGAUGUUUCUAUUGAUUCUGGAAUGAGACAAUCUUGCAUAGAAAUGGAUAGUUGUCAGGGAGAAAAUGAAGAAAAACAGCAGAAUAUUGCAGAAAACAGCAACAGAGUGUAUGACGUUCAAGAAUCAAGCUGUAGCGGCAAUUCAGUUGUAUCAAAUGCUAAGUUUUUUGCAGAAGAGUCUGUAUUAGAAGCUGUAAAAUUGAACAUAGAGCAAGGUAUAAAUUAUAACAGUUGCAACCCUGCAGAAAAGAGUGGUUUUGUGAAGAAUGUAAGUAUGGAAAAGAAACAUGAUGAUUACCCAGCAGUUUAUCGCUUCUCUAAUAAAUUUCCGAAUGUUAAAACCUAUACAAGGAGAAAAAUAGUCAAUUCCAAUAAUGAGAGAAACAAUAGUUUCACAAGUCCUGAAAAUUGUAACGAGGAACCAAUCAUGCUGGAUCAUCACGAGGAUGAUUCACAUAAAUUUUCUGAUGGACCAUUGAUGGUUGGCUUGUUGGAGAGAGAAAAAAAACUUUCAAGGGAUGAAGUUACCUCACACAGUGGAGCUGCAGCUAAGGAAAUGAAGUUGAUGACAGAGGGCAUUUCUGAGCAAAGAUUUAUGACUACAUCUUCCGUAGUAGACACUCCUUUGGUGAGACAUGAAGAAACAAAUGAUAAAUUGCUAGAUCAGACUGAGAUUACAAGAAAUGAUCCGUGUUGUGCAGGUGAUGUUUCUGAUAUAAGCUUAGUCAACGAAAAAGAUGUUCAUUCAAAGAUUUCACAAUUCUCACUUGACAAAACUAAUAGUUACAACACAAAGAAAAAGCUUCUCAUCCUUGAUGUGAAUGGACUGCUUGCUGAUUUUGUCAGCUACGUUCCUAGAGGAUAUCGGGAACCUGAUUUUUCGCUUACAAGGAGAAAUGUUUACAAGAGGCCCUUCUGUGAUGAUUUUCUGAAGUUUUGCUUUGACAGAUUUCAUGUGGGUGUUUGGUCAUCUAGAGCCAAGAGUAAUGUUGAUAAAGUAGUCGAAUUUCUUAUGGGCAAAUCUGCAUCCAAACUGCUCUUUUCUUGGUCCCACUGUACUAUGACAGAAUUUAGUACUGUUGAGAAUAGAAACAAGCCCCUUGUGUUGAAGGAACUUAGAAAGUUGUGGGAAAAGGUGGAACCUGGUCUUCCGUGGGAGAAGGGAGAGUUUAAUGAGUCAAACACAUUAUUAUUGGAUGACUCCCCUUACAAGGCACUAGUGAAUCCUAUGUACACAGCUAUAUUUCCUUAUUCUUACCACUAUUACGAUAGUACAGACUCAUCAUUAGGACCUGGAGGUGAUCUUCGGGUUUAUUUAGAAGGGCUGGCUAUGGCUGAGAAUGUCCAAGAGUAUGUGUCAUCGAAUCCAUUUGGCCAACGCCCAAUAAGAGAAACAAAUCCAUCUUGGCGUUAUUAUCGUAAAGUUAUAGAAGCAGUUAAAUGCGAACAAAGUGGUAGGUCCACAUCACCAGGUAGGAAGCAAACUGCUUACCAAAGAAUGCAGGAUGAAGGCUCUCCAGGUGGGGAGCGAACUGCUUAUCGAAGAAUGCAGAAUGAAGGCUCUCCAGGUGGGGAGCGAACUGCUUACCGAAGAAUGCAGAAUGAAGGCUCUUGAGACUAUUUUCAUUCAUAUUGAUGCAAGGGGUGCCUUUUUUUUGUCACUCUAAUCAUUGAAAUGCUGUUGAGUUUUGGUUGGUAAGGUGAAAUAGAUUAGUUAUAUGCAUACCUGCUAUCUAAGCCAGACAAGGGUAGUACUCGGACUGUAUUGUGCUUAUCUUUCUUUACCCUUCUUCAUAGGUUUAUUAGCUCAAUUAAUGAAAAUUUUGAAAAUUAAUGUCAAAAUA